GUACUGUGAUUUCGGUGAUAUUAAUAUGCGAUCGACGGCGACGGUGAUCGGUUGUAUUUCUUGACGUUCCUUUGCUGCAGACAUUUUUGGUCAUCUUACAAUAGUUGAGACGUCAAACCACGUUGAUUUGACCAUCAAUAUUGUACUCUACUUGUUGCUGCACUACGUUAUUCGUCUAUUGUCGGCAUUAUCGUCGUUUGGACCGUUUGAUUCUACUGCGGGUCGUUCUCACGGGCCUACCCGAAUUCUUCUUGUCGAGCUGUUUUAAAUCGUGUUUUCCCCCGCCGCCUCUUCGAAUGCUGUAUACUGUGUGUUGCAUCGGUUUUUCGUCCGUACGCCGCUCAACUUCUGUUACUCCCUGUCUUCCAAACUUCACGUGAUAUCUCCAUUGCCUGUCGUCGGCCUCUGCUUACGUGAGUUGUCGAGUAGUACCGCUGAAAGCCGAGCCGCUUUGAAUGUUCAUUACACACAUAGCAUAUUAUUGAAGAAAAAUGGCGUCUGAUAUUUCAAACAUUAAAAAAGAACUGAUAUGUAGCGAUAUUAUUGAUAUUUCCUCUGACGAUGAAGGCAAUAAAGUUGAUGAAGAUCAUGUCAAAAAGGAAGGCAUUGAAGACCAUGAUAACAAAGAGAAUGAUGCUCAAAACAACAAAGAUGAUAAUAAAGAUGAAAAAAAUGUAGAGGGUAUUGAAAAUCAAAAUAACAAUGAAAAUAUUGAAGACUGCAAGGAUAAUCAUGAUACCAACACGACUGUCGGUAUUAAUGGAAGUUACGUUUGUAUUGAUCUUACUCUUACUGAUGAUACUGAUAUUAAAAAUGCCAUCAACGAAGAUCUUAAUAAUACAGAAUCAAUUCAAGUUAAUGUUAUUGUUCCUAACAAUGCUAACAUUCCUAACGAUGUUAUCGUUCCUAACGAUGAUAUCGCUCCUAACGAUGUUAUCGUUCCUAAUCAAAUACUUGAUACAAUCUCUGUAUCUUCAGGCGAGGAAGAAUCUUUAAAUGAAGAAGAAUUUGAAGAUGAAGAGGAAGAUAUAGAUGAAGAUGAAGCUGAAGCAAAUGAUCCUUAUUAUAUACAUCCAAGUUUAAUGGAAACUUUUAAUUUUGCAUAUACCAGAAAUACCAAUCGUGCUGGACCUAGGUCAAGAACAAGAAACAAAUUAUCGUUACCAGAUAUGUAUCUUCAGAUUUGUAGUACUGGUAUAAACCCGAGAACUGGACUUGAAAUAAAAGAAAAUUGUCUAAGAAACUUGUAUAUGUCUUUUUUGGAUGAAUCAUCAUCAUCAUCAAAUGAGAGUUUAAAUCAUGCAGUUGAUACCCCGCAAAAUAAUUCUAAUAUUAUAGAUGAUUCAAUGAAAGCUACAUUCCAAGAUUCUGGUGACACUUCUAUAAACUCAAAUCCUGAAGCUAUGUUAAUUUCUCAAGGGUACCAGUCUGAAAAAACAGAAGAAGAUGCAUCUUUUAGUACCAAUCCUAUGAAUCACAUUGCUGAUGAUUCAAAGACUGAAGAAGAAUACCAGUCGGGAGAAACAGAAGAAGGUGCAUCUAUUAAUACCAAUCCUAUGAAUCGCAUUGCUGAUGAUUCAAAGACUGAAGAAGAAUACCAGUCGGGAGAAACAGAAGAAGGUGCAUCUAUUUAUACCAAUUCUAUGAAACGCAUUGCUGAUGAUUCAAAGACUGAAGAAGAAUAUCCGUCGAAAAAAUCAAAAAAAUGUGCAUCUUUUAGUACCAAUCCUAUUAAUCGCAUUGCUGAUGAUUCAAAGACUGAAGAAGAAUAUCCGUCGGGAGAAACAGAAGAAGGUGCAUCUAUUAAUACCAAUCCAGUAAAUGAUAUAAUUGAUGUUGCAAUGAUGGAAGAAUUAGAAGAAGGUGCAUCUGUUAGUACCAACCCAAUAAAUGAUAUGGAUGAUGUUCCAAUGACUGGAAUAGAAUACCAGUCUGGAGAAACAGAAGAAGGUGCAUCUGUUAGUACCAACCCAAUGAAUGGCAUGGAUGAUGUUCCAAUGACUGGAGUAGAAUACCAGUCUGGAGAAACAGAAGAAGGUGCAUCUGUUAGUACCAAUCCAAUAAAUGACAUAGCUGAUGUUCCAAUGAUGGAAGUAGAAUACCAGUCUGGAGAAACAGAAGAAGGUGUAUCUGUUAGUACAAAUCCAUUAAAUAGCAUAGAUGAUGUUCCGAUGACUGAAGAAGAGGAUGAGUCCGGAAAAACAAAUGAAGGUGCUUCAAUCCAAUAAAUGGCAUAAUUGUUACUUCUAAGACUGAAGAAGCAGUGCAUACUGUUAUGAAUACAAUAUUAAAUUGUAUAAAAUAAUGA